CGGUUUCCCCGGCAACCGCGGCCUUGGGCCGAUGCGGGGCCGGAGCGGGGGGCGAGCGGAGCCAUGGGGGAGGAGGCGACGUGCGACUUGAGUUGCGCGGGCCGUCCGGGCCCGCUGCUGAGGCGGGAGCCGGCUCCGCAGGCGGUGCCGGUGUGCGCCUUCCCGCCGCGGGGCUACGAAGCGGCCCGCAACACGGGGCCCUACAGCUCCUCCGGCCUGGCCACGGCGGGCUUCCGCAGCGCCCGCUACUCGCCCGACGAGUGGCACCAGAACAACCACGCCCGCUUCUCCGAGGCCUCGGCCCACUGCGACGGCUCGGAGCGAGCCCGCCGGGCCUCCCGGCAGCUGGCGGCCGAGGCCGAGGCGCGGGCCCGGCGCACCCAGGCCGACGCCACCAAGCAGCUGGGCGAGCGGCUCCAGGACCUGCACUUCUGGAAGGCGGAGCUGCAGCGGGAGAUCGAGGAGCUGACGGGCGAGACGGCCCUGCUCCUGGCCCAGAAGCUGCGCCUGGAGAAGGCCCUGGACGCCCUGGACCUGCCCUACUCGAUCGCCAUGGACAACCUGCAGUGCCGGGAGAGGAGGCGGCCGCCCGACCUGGUCCGGGACGGCGCCGAAAUUCAGCUGUUGAAGGAAGCUGAACUCAUCAGAAAUGUCCAGGAGCUCCUGAAGAGGACGUUGAUGCAAGCCGUCAAUCAGAUCCAGCUGAACAGAGAUCAGAAGCAAACCUGUGAAAUGGAUUGGUCGGACAAAAUUGAAGCCUACAACAUAGACGAGACCUGCGGGCAUUAUAACAAUCAGAGCACGGUUAUCCAGUCCUAUCCUCACUCGUCCAAGCUAGAGGACAGUGCCUCCCACCCGGACUCGUGGGCCAAGUUUUCCCAUGACAACAUCCACCGGGCGGAGCGGGAGAGGACGGCGUCUGCCAGCCUCCGCUCUCUGAUCGACAGUGUGCUCCACGACACCGCAGAAGAUGUGCACAUGCAGUUUGAUGCCGUGAACCAGGCCCUGGCUCUACGCUGUGAAGAGGUGGAAGAUGCCAAGCACAAGCUGGAGCACAACCUGCACAUGACCCUCACGGAGAUCGGCAGCCAGGAAAACACCAUCUCUUCUCUCAAACAAGCCAUUAAGGAUAAGGAAACCCCCUUGAAAGUGGCUCAGACGAGGCUAUACCAGAGAUCUCAGAGGCCCAAUGUUGAGCUCUGCAAGGACGAAGCGCAGCUCAGUCUGGUCCAUGAGGUGGAGGAACUGACUCAAUCCAUUGGAGCUCUCAAGCAGAAGCUUCUGGAAGCAGAGCAGGCCCUGAGGAGCCUGGAAGACACUCGGAUGAGCCUGGAGAAGGAGAUCGACACCAAAUCCCACAGUCUCUUCAUCGAUCGGCAGCAGUGCCUGGCCCACCGCUCCCGCUACCCUGACAUCCUCAAGCUGGCCGGCUACCGGUAGCAGCCAGCCCUGCAGCUGGUGGGAGAAAGCUCAGUAUUCUUGUAGAAGUGAAACAGUUGUAGGAAUAAAAAGCAUCGUU